CCUCCAGAAGGCUCCAUCGAGCCUCCGGGGCACCAUCCAGCCUCCUUGGGCACCAUCCAGCCUCGGGGCAUCAUCCAGCCCCUCGGGGCACCAUCCAGCCUCCAGGAAACCACACCCCUCAAGGUGCACCCUCGGCCUCCGGGGCACCUCCCAGCUUCAGGAAACCGGGCAGCCUCCAGGAAACCACACAGCCUCCAGGAAACCAUGCAGCCUCCACCUCCGGGAGCACUCCAGCCUCCAGGAAAACCAUCAGCUCAGGAAAACCCCACAGCCUCUGGGACCACCACUCAGCCUCCAGGAGCACCUCCCAGCCCAGGAGCACCAUCCAGCCUCCAGGGGCACCAUCAAGCCUCCAGGAGCUCCACCCAGCCUCCUGGAACACCAUCCAGAAUCCAGGAAACCACCCAGCCUCAGGAAACUACCCAGACUCCGGGCACCACCCAGCCUCGGGGCACCUCCCAGCUUCCAGGAAUCCAGGCAGCCUCCAGGAAACCACACAGCCUCCAAAACCACCCAGCCUCCAGGAGCACCACCCAGCCUCCGGGAGCACCCAGCCUCGGGAGCACUACCCAGCCUCUGGGGCACCAUCCAGACUCCGGGAGCACCACCCAGCCCCCGGGAGCACCACCAGCCUCUGGGGGCACCAUCCAGACUCCUUGGGCACCAUCCAGCCUCCGGGGCAUCAUCCAGCCUCCUGGGGCACCACCCAGCCUCCAGGAAACCCACACAGCCUCAAGGUGCCCCUCGGCCUCAGGCACCUCCCAGCUUCCAGGAAGCCAGGCAGCCUGCGGGCCUCCCAGCCUCGGGGACCCACCCAGCUUCCGGAAGCACCAUCCAGCCUCCGGGAGCACCACCCAGCCUCCAGGAAAUCACACAGCCUCAAGGGCACCCCCGGCCUCCCGGGGCACCUCCCAGCUUCCAGGAAUCAGACUCCGGGAGCACCCAGCCUCCGGGCACUACCCCAGCCUCUGGGGCACCAUCCAGACUCCGGGGCACCACAGCCUCUGGGGCACCACCCAGACUCCGGGAGCACCACCCAGCCCGGGCACCACCCAGCCUCUGGGGCACCAUCCAGACUCCUUGGGCACCAUCCAGCCUCCGGGGCAUCAUCCUCCGGGGGCACCACCAGCCUCCAGAAACCAGGCAGCCUGCAGGGGCACCUCCUGCCUCCGGGGACACCACCCAGCUUCCGGGAGCACCUAG